GAGUGCUGUCUUUGUCCUAAGAUCAAAAUUUAAAAAAUGACCUUGAAAUGUUAACUGAUAUAACCUUACUUUAUCAAUGAAAGAAAAUUGGGCUUAUCAUAAUUCAAAUGAUUACAGAAAAUAAUUUGACUUUUUGACACCGAUUCUUCAUUAUCUCACCAAACCGUUGAUAUAUUAGCAGAUUUUUACUGAAACUAUUUUCAUCAGGGGGCUGAGUUUACUACCGGUGCAACUUCAAAAUGGGUGGAAAAUACAGCAAAAUGGACCCAAUGGAAGUUGAGGUUCCACAUAUUAACAACCUUCUGAAAAGGGAUGGUUAUUUAAAACCAUAUGAAAGAGAAAUAAGAAGAAGAUAUGCUUGUUUCAAAGAUUUUCUAGAAUCUAUUGAAGAGAAUGGUGGUGGUUUAGAAAACUUUACUAAAGCUUAUACAUACUAUGGGCUAAAUGUCCAACCAGAUAAUUCCAUAAUAUGUCGAGAAUGGGCUCCAGGAGCUAAGCAAAUAUUUUUGACUGGUGAAUUCAAUGGUUGGAAUAGAGAUAGUCAUCCUUAUAAAAAAUUAGAUUAUGGAAAAUGGGAACUUGUGUUGCCUCCUGAUCAAAAUGGAAUGCCUGCUAUUAAACAUUUGUCAGAAAUAAAGGUCGUCGUUGAAAAUCAUGAGGGCUGUAAACUGGAUAGAUUGUCCCCAUUUGCAAAAUAUGUGGUGGAACCUCCAAAAUCUGAAGGAACAAUCUAUAAACAAAAAUUCUGGAAUCCUCCACAAUCUGAAAGAUACAUUUUCAAAAAUAAUAAAGUUCCUCGUCCAAAGAGCUUGAGAAUCUACGAAUGCCAUGUUGGAAUAGCUACAUCAGAACUAAAAGUUGGCACUUAUGAUAAUUUCACAGACAAUGUUUUACCAAGAAUUGUUAAACAAGGAUAUAAUUGUAUUCAGUUAAUGGCAGUCAUGGAGCACGCUUAUUAUGCUAGUUUUGGUUAUCAAGUAACCAGUUUUUAUGCAGUAUCAAGCAGGUAUGGAACACCAGAUCAACUCAAGAGACUAGUGGAUAGGGCUCAUGAGUUGGGCUUGGUAGUUUUAUUGGAUUUGGUUCACUCUCAUGCCAGUAAAAACGUGAUGGAUGGUCUAAAUCAAUUUGAUGGAACAGAUGCAGAUUUUAUAAACAAAGGUGUCCCACAAGGUAGUCACAGCCUGUGGGACUCCAGACUCUUUAAUUACUCUGAAUUCGAAGUUUUGCGUUUUCUCCUCUCCAACAUUCGCUGGUAUAUGGAGGAAUACCAGUUUGACGGAUUCCGAUUCGAUGGAGUCACUUCGAUGUUGUAUCAUUCAAGAGGAAUUGGGCAGGGUUUCGGUGGUAGCUAUGAUGAUUAUUUCGAUAUGGGUGUUGACACUGAAGGAGUGGUAUACCUGAUGUUGGCAAAUUAUACAGCUCACACUCUUAAUAAGGAUGCAAUUACUAUUGCUGAAGAUGUAUCUGGUAUGCCUGGUACUUGCCGUCCUGUCACCGAGGGGUGCUUGGGAUUUGAUUAUAGUCGAAUAGUCGCCGUCAGCCUCAAUUGUGUCAUUCUCCAAAUUUCUGGAGCGCCUCGUCUGCUUAAGACGUGGCGAACAUCUACAUUUUGUAUUCCACUCACUUUUUUACCGUUGCUACAUUUUUUCAGGUUGAUGGACAAGGAAAUGUAUACACAUAUGAGCACCAUGUCGGAACCUUCUACAAUCAUCGACAGGGGAAUAGCUUUGCACAAACUCAUCCGCUUCGUGACACACGGCUUGGGCGGAGAGGCCUACUUAAAUUUCAUCGGAAACGAAUUCGGACAUCCCGAGUGGUUGGAUUUUCCAAGGGAAGGUAACAACAGCUCCUAUCACUACGCCAGGAGGCAGUGGAACUUGGUAGAUGACGACUCACUGAAGUACAAGUACCUGAAUGAGUGGGAUGCGGCUAUGAACCAUACUGAGAGUAAAUAUGGUUGGUUAGCUGCCGAUCCCGCAUAUGUCAGCACAAAACAUGAGAGUGAUAAAAUCAUAGCAUUCGAGAGAGCGGGUCUGCUGUUUGUCUUCAACUUCCAUCCAACUAAGAGCUUCGCUGAUUACAGGGUGGGGAUUGAAGUACCGGGGGAAUAUCAAAUUGUAUUGAGUUCCGAUGACAAAAUUUUUGGAGGUUUCGACAGAAUCAAUAAAUCGGUGACUUUUUUCACGCAUCCCGAAGAAUUUGCUGGAAGGAGAAACUACAUUCAGGUAUACAUUCCUUCAAGAACUGCAAUUUUACUUGCCAAAAAAUAGUACUCCAGAGGCUGUCGAAUUUCUGAGCAUAUUACUGAAUAACGAUUAAAAAAACUAGAAAGACAAUGAAUAGUGUCAUAAAUGCACCUGGUGGGUGCUUUUAUGACACUAUGAAUUUAAUGCCUUGUUAAAAUUAAGAAAAAACUAGAACAGAAAAUUAACAUCUUCAAAAUUAGUCUCUGAAUUGUUUUGUUAUUCAUGUUGUUGAUAUUGUUUUUGUAUAUAAUAUUUUGUACACUUAGCCAAGAAAACUGUAUUUUGUUGUGGUUGAUUGAAAUGAAUAUAAAAAAUAUUUUCAUA